CAUAGUUAUAAUGUAAGCAAAAAUAAGUUCACAUUUCCCACACGUAUCAUUCUUGAUCCCUUCACACUCUCCCUUUCCCAUGGCCGAUGCCGGAGCCGCCUUCGUGCUGCAAUCGAAGGGGAAGUGGUGGCACGCGGCCUUCCACCUCACCACCGCCAUCGUGGGCCCCACCAUACUCACGCUGCCCUACGCUUUCCGGGGGCUCGGGUGGGCCCUCGGGCUCCUCUGCCUCACCUCCAUGGGAAUAGUCACCUUCUACGCCUACUUUCUCAUGUCGUUGGUCCUCGACCACUGCGAGAAGUCCGGCCGUCGCCACAUCCGCUUCCGCGAACUCGCUGCCGACGUCUUAGGUUCAGGAUGGAUGUUUUAUUUUGUGGUGUUCAUUCAGACAGCAAUCAACACCGGCAUCAGCAUCGGAGCUAUUCUCCUAGCCGGGGAAUGCCUUCAGAUCAUGUAUUCGAGCCUCUCUCCGAAUGGAUCACUGAAGCUCUACCACUUCAUAGCAAUGGUGACACUAGUCAUGAUCCUUCUCUCCCAGUUCCCGAGCUUCCAUUCGCUCAGGCACGUUAACCUCGUGUCGCUGCUUCUCAGCAUAGGCUACACUUUCCUUGUAGUCGGAGCUUGCAUCAAUGCCGCCGCCUCCAAAGAGGCGCCACCGAGGGACUACUCUUUAGAGCCUUCCGAGGCUUCUAGAAUCUUCAGCGCGUUCACUUCCAUAUCCAUAAUCGCAGCCAUCUAUGGGAAUGGCAUACUACCUGAGAUUCAGGCGACACUGGCUCCACCAGCAACCGGGAAGAUGCUAAAAGGCCUAAUCAUGUGCUACAUUGUGAUUUUCCUGACUUUCUACUCUGCUGCAGUCUCCGGAUAUUGGGUGUUUGGCAACAAAUCCAACGCGAACAUCCUCAAAAGCCUCAUGCCGGAUGAGGGCCCUUCUCUAGCCCCCGUCUGGGUGCUAGGGCUCGCCAUUGUAUUCGUGCUCCUUCAGCUUUUGGCCAUCGGCUUGGUGUAUUCCCAAGUUGCGUACGAGAUAAUGGAGAAGAAGUCGGCCGAUGUGAGCAAGGGCGUGUUCUCUACAAGGAACUUGAUCCCGAGGAUCAUUCUUCGGUCUCUAUACGUUAUCGUGUGUGGCUUCUUUGCUGCGAUGCUGCCUUUCUUCGGAGACAUAAACGGUGUGGUUGGAGCCAUUGGGUUCAUCCCUUUGGACUUCGUGCUCCCGAUGCUCCUCUACAACCGGAGUCACAAGCCGACGAGAUCAUCGGCCGCGUAUUGGAUCAACAACUCCAUCAUUGUUGUGUUCACAUGUGUGGGGAUUGUGGGGGCAUUCUCCUCUGUGAGGAAGCUGGUUGGAGAUGCUGCUGAGUUCAAGCUUUUUAGCAGUGAUGUUGUUGAUUGAAUUGAUGGAGUAUAGCUUAGAGAUCCACCUUUCUCAUUUAUGGUACUAUAAUUUGUAUUGUUAUUGAGUUUGUAAGAUGUUGUCAUAUAAUCAACAACCACAGCGACAAGCACACAGUA